UAUAUCUUUGUUUGGCAUUUGACAGAAUGGCAGCCAAACUUGCCCAACCCAGCCUGUGAGUCUGCGUCGUGCCCACUUCGCUUCGAUUUUGCAUUUGUGUCGACACUAUCUGUCUCACAGUUUUUACGUUAAAUAUUAGUAAAAUUAUCACAAUAAUUAAUAUUUGUGUUGUUAAAUACCAAAAGUUCCAGUAUUUACUUUAACCGUUCAAGUUAAUUCAUAGGUAAUAUAACCCAAAAUAAGUCCACGGGCUCGAGACUACAGCUGGCAUGAUCAAUAAUAUUGGCAGUGCAUAGUAGAAAAGAUAGGCGUUGGCGAUUAGAAAACAAGAUUAAAUGCUAAAUGCAGUUUAAUCAGGCAGAUGCGGGUAGUAGCAACAGAGUUGGAGUGGAUGAAAAUUUAAUAAAAUUCAAACCAUCUCCGAAUUUCAAGAAUAUGAAAAAAUUUAUAAAAUCAAGAUCUACAACUACAGUCGACACUAUACUGCCAGUUUUAGCUGCCAAUCGUCACGCUCAAGCACCAGCAAACAUGGACCGUCCCCAUAUGCUGCUGCGGCCAGAUUGGCACAACCCAGAAGUCCAACCUCCACUGCCCUUGGAUCCACCACCGCCCGAUGAAAUUCCAAAUAUUCGCGUCAAACAAGAAAUAGUGGAUACAGACUAUGAAACCGCCCAGGCUCCUCCAAGAUUGGAACACACAGAUCAGGCAGAUCCCGAACCACCUCAAGAAGCUCCAAGCAAAGUAUGCAGAGACUACAUUAGAGGGACAUGUAAAAGAGAGUCUACAUGUAAAUAUGCACACAAAUACGAUUUAUCACAAUUAGAAGGGGUGUACACGUUUUGCAGGAAGUUUCAGAACUCUGUGUGCACAUUUAAUAACUGCAAGUAUGUGCACGCUACAGUUUUUGAGGAACAAAACUUCUAUAGGACUGGCAUACUGCCGGCACAUGCUCUGCAUCAUAAGACGAAUAAUGUGUUGCAACCGCCGCCGCCGCCACCUCCACCCGAAGAUCAAUUUUCACGUUACAAUAUUGACUUCUCUAAUCCUCCUCCGCCUCUACCAAAUAACUUAGAACAGCCAAUGAUUAGUUGCAUACCGACAACCUGUGCCAUGGAGGCAAGGUUGCCAUACAUUGCAGAAGAGCCUGCGCCGGCCACAGCUCAAGCGUCACGGAAACGCCAUUGGAAUGCCAUGGAUCCGCUACGCAGCCUCAUAUCGGAGAUGCUCAAACCGCCGGUGACGCCCAAAACUACGAGCCACUCCGCCAACGUCGUCGGAGACAAAGACAAGACGCUGUUAGAAAGUUUAAACGCUUUCCUAAGUGUCAACGGUAGACUGUCUACAAUGGGAGAAAACAAAUAAUAUUUACGAAUCGAGCGGACGGAACGCAUCUCGUGUGAGCUCCGGUCCCAGACGAGUCGUCAGCAGACAGACGACCACCACUAUUAGAUGUAUCUAGUCAUGUAAGAGCUCUGAUUCAGCUGUACACUGCCGCGUUGGACUAACAUUGUGACAAACGAGCCGAUGUGUUGAAAAGAGCUAUCCAUAAACUACGUCACGCGGAUUUUCCCAAAAUUUUCUCAAUAGAGAUGAUGACAGUUUUUUAAAUUGUAUAUAAAUUAAAAGUAUGCUAAUAGUAAAGCAAUUUUGUAAAAGGAACAGGGUAUCUGCGAUCAUUACUGCGAGCUACAGGGUUUUAAAGCGUCAGAUUUGCGGCGCUGCCGCGGAUCCAUGAAACGAACUAAUGACGUCGUAGGUAAUGUAAUGAUCGUUAGAAUGUGAGUUCAAACACAGUAUCUUUGUUAUUUGUGCGUUUAUGUUUAUAGUUCAGAUAUUAAAAAAUGUCACAUAUAAUGUAGUGAAGCUAACUAAAACUUUAUGAUUUAAUAUAAUUAUAAUUACUAUAAAAGAUUUUUAAUAGAUUUUGAAAUUUUAUAAUCUCAUCUAUUUUGCAAAUAUCCAGUCAGUCUUUGCUUUUUAUGUAUAAAUUAGUUGACAUUGACCUUAUUUACCCGAAUGUAUCAUAAAAAUCAAUAUAUUCAGACCUAGUCAUCAUCCCCAUUCAAUUUUGCAUAAAUAUUAGUCCCGUUUUUAUUUACAUUUAAAAUGCAAAUGAACCGAGAAAGCUGAAUUUUGGAUAUGACGUGGGAGGAGCCUAAAAAAAACUCAACAAGAUUUCCUAUGUGCAUUUUCCGCCAUCCUGAAAAUAAAAAAAGGUCGAAUUCAGAUUUUUAGUAGAGUCUAAAAUUUUGACUUAAUACUUUUUUUGUUCUACUGCGCUCUACAAUUACGGUUCUCUACAUUUUUAUCUUACGGCUUUCCCCACGUCAUAUACAAAGUCCAGCUUUAUUUGGCGGCUGAGAUGUUUAACAUGUGACGUCACCAAACUUGACCCUUCCCUUGCUACGCAUGUGUGACGUAAUUUAUGGAUGCCCUAAACCUGAUCUUUCGGCUUGUGCAACUGUUUAACUAAUAGACAAUCAACAACAGGGAACGUGAUAUGCUAUCUACAGUUAUAGUCUGGCAUGUCCGUUGAUAACACUCCCAUUGAUAUGCGGGCGACAGGGGGAAAUACUACGCGGGUGUGAAAUCGUGCCUGCGGGGAAGUGACGUGCACUCGCCCCCUGGCCCGUGCGGAACAUCGGUGUUAAGAACGAAGUAGCCAAGCUAUAAAUGCUUACUUGUGAAGAUAUUCUAUUCCAUGAUAAAUAUUUUGCUUUGGCUGUAGUAGUGAAGUGACAGGACUAGCGCAUUUGUGUGCGUACUGAUGGAGCUUUAGGGUUAGUUAUAUAUAUAUAUAUAUAUAUAUAUAUAUAUAUAUAUAUAUAUAUAUAAUCUGUCCUGUUGUAUUAGUACGAAAUCCGGCAUGAGCAAUAUAUACCCUCAUCUGUUAUUUAUUUGGGAUACGAAAAAUUGGUACCCGUGUUAAAUCAAAAUCGUCCCUGGAUAGCUGUUUUUAAGUGAACAAAAAAUCGAAAUUUGCUCUCAACUAGCCUAUUAUACCUUUUAAUUAAUAAAAGCCUAUUAUACCUUUUAAAUAAAAAUUGUAUUUUUUUUUUUAAAUAAAUUUGAUAUUUUGGUCACGUGACAUGUGUCAACUGUGACAUUAUUUAUACAUUUAACGCGCACAAGAGUUUGAGUGUCGUAAUCAACUUUGUUGUUUUGUUUAUUAAAAUGUGACGUCACAAAUCACAUGUCACGAGACAAUUUCAAAUUCAACUAUUAUUUUAUUUUUCUAUAAAACAACAUCUUCAAAAAAAAAUUGGAAGUAUAUUGAAAACGUAAAGGUUGCCUGCUUUCGAACUGCAACUGUGGGGUUGCCAGAUUUAAACAGUUAAUUAGCUAUAUACAAAUACCCACAUCAUUUAUUUAGUCGUCUCAUAUGUGAAAUGAAAGCUUAUUCUAAGCCUAAUUUUACUCUAUUAGGUUGCCUUUGAUUUAGUUCAUGGUUUUCUAGAUUUUGUAUGAAAAAUGUGUUUGGUCGCAAUUUAAUUAGGCAGCCUAUUUGCAAUAUCUCUAAUGUAAAUAUUUCCUAUCAUGUAUUUCUUAUUCAAAAUAAAUAACAGAUGAGAUACAUAUUCCUUAUGCCGUAUCUUAGACUAUAUUGUGAUGUUGCAACUAAGAUUCAAUAGUAAUUAAAUUAUUAAAUUACAUUAUCUAAAUAGAUGUUGUUAACAUUAUUCGAUUACAUUGUAAUUAAAGAUUUGUUUUGUAUUUUAAAAGUGACGUCAUGCUCCUAAUAUUUAUUUCUUUUCUACCUCCCUUUUAGGUAUCAAAUCUUGCUUUUCCAUAUAUCUCAGAUCAUUUUCUUUUUACAACUAAUUAUACAUAUUUUACAAUGAUGAAAUUAAUAAUACACUAUAUUUACAAAAAUUUUUGAUUUUACAAUAAAUAACUUAUUAAACAAUAUCAAUUGAUUGUGUAUGAUAUUUGUUUUUUUAAUUCAUUUAAGUUUUCAAUUUCAUUACAAUAUGCAUGUGAAUAUUCUACGUCAUUAUCGAUAUGUUUUUUUUAAUUACUUUAAGUUUUAUAUGAGAAUAGAUAAAAAUGUAAAUAUUUUAUACAAAUUGUUAACUCCAUCGGUCCGAAAACAUGUUACAAUUUCGUGACUUACAAUUGGCUACUUGACAGUCUUAACGUUAGCCCUCAUUCGCACGAGAGUUUUUUUAACGGACGUUAAAAUAGUGUUCAAAUAUAGUAUAAAGUUAAAUGAGGGUCGAAAAAAAGCGUUGUGUUUUAAAAACGCUGUCGUGUGAACAUAUACUUGGGAAUGCAUUUAUUGUAUUUGAACGCUUUUUUAACGUUCGUUAAAAAAACUCUCGUGCGAAUGAAGGCUUAAAAUAUGAAAUGUGUUGGUUUUGAUGGCUUAAACAAAUAUUUAAAAAUUCAAAUUUUCAUGUAAAAAAAACCUGUUUUUUUUUCAAUCAAACGAUAAUGAACUAUGUAAGACCAUUCAAAAAAGUGUCAACUAGCCAUUUCUAUUUUGCAAAAUAAAUUUGGAAUUUUGAUCACGUGACAUUAUUUAUACAUUUAGUUAUUAGUUAAUAGUUUUAUGCCCUUAUAAUUAAUUAUAGCUAUUAAUUAAUGGAUAGACUAGCUAAGAUUUUAAUCGUUUUAUUACUUAACGAAUGAAAUAUAUAAAUGUAUAAAUGUGUAUGAUUUAAAGUAUAAUUCACAAGGUUUUUUUUUUAAAUAUAGUACCUAAAUAAUUUAGAUGCUAGAUAAUUUGAUGUUAGAAUAAAAAAGAAUAUUUCUCUAAUUGUCUGUUGUUGUAACAACAUAAUCAUCUUAAUGUUUAUCUAUGAGGGUAUAUAGGAUAGGGUUGAAUCACAAAAGUAUAAAUUCUCUUUAGGGUAAGUGUCAGGUAUAAUAUUAUAGUCUAAGAUCCCCAGUAGGAAGGACCUUCACCCAUCUGUUUAUUGUAUAAAAAGCGUUUUACAUCAAAGGUCAUGUCCCAAUUUUGUAUGGAGGCUGGAGCUUCAAGUAAGCAGAACAAAUUAUUUUCAUGUUAAAAGAACAUAAAAUAUAGCUUCAAACUUAAAAUAAUACCGAAAGGGGUGUGGAUUUAUCCUCCUAACAAGUUAGCCCGCUUCCAUCUUAGACUGCAUCAUCACUUACCAUCCGGUGAGGUUGUAGUCAAGGGCUAACUUGUAAAGAACUUUUUUUUCAAUUAUAUUUUUCAUUAGCUGACAAAAUUAAUUGAAAUUUUUUAUCAUGGCAAUAUGCUCGUAAGUCACACCCUAACAGAUUGUCAGUGAUCUUCAAGUAAUCGCGUAUGGCGUUUUUAAAACAAUUUAAGGAUUUGUACUCGUCUACGUAAAAAAAUUUUCAUAACUAUUGACCAUUGUUAACUAUUAUUAAUGAUAAUUUGGCCAGAAGUUUUCGAGGCAAUCUAUACGCAAUAUAUGUUUUAUUGUACUGAUAUAAAACACAAUCCAAUAAAGAGAUGGUUGAAGGUCGUUUCCAAUACGGAUCUUCUAUUAGUUUUAGAAUUUCAAUUUGGAUGUUUUAUUGUAAUUCAGUUAAACUCGUCACGUUUGAAAUUCUCGUGAUCGGGGACAUGCCAUUCGUUAUAAUUUAGUAUAGUUUGUAAUGUAAUUAUUCGCUGUCGUGAUUAAACAAUUCAUAAUUAUACAUGA